CCCCUUUUUCCUGCGCGGUGAUGAUGUCACUGAGAGUCAACGCCGCCGGUUGGUUGUUGCUCUGGUUGCAUGUCGCGUGCUGCAGGCGGUGAAUGAAAUUUGCUUUCUCUCACAUGAAAUAUUCACACUGCAUCACUUUCCCGUUAUAUUUCUCGUUAUAUUAUAUGCUGCAAUGCCGACUAAGUUGUUAUCUGUAAACAGUACAGUUUUCAAAUGGUUGAAAACUGUCCAGAAGAGUUGGCCACGAGGGUUUAGCGUCGGGGCUGCUUCCCUUGGUUCAGUGAAUCUGAAGGGUCGCAGCUGUCUCACUCUGAAAGAUUUCAGCUCAGAUGAAAUCAAGAGGCUGUUGUGGGUGUCAGAGGAUUUAAAACAUCGGAUCAAGCGUGAAAAACAGUAUGUUCCUCUUCUGCAAGGAAAGUCCAUCGCCAUGAUAUUUGAGAAGAGGAGCACCAGAACAAGAAUGUCCACUGAAACAGGUUUUGCUUUACUGGGUGGCCAGCCCUGUUUCCUCACCUCCCAGGACAUUCACCUUGGAGUGAAUGAGACUUCAACUGACACAGCUAGGGUUCUUUCAGGACUCUGUGAUAUUGUCUUGGCCCGAGUGUACAGCCACUCAACACUGGAGGAGCUGGAUAAGGAGGCCUCCAUCCCCAUCAUUAACGGACUGUCUGACCUCUACCACCCAAUUCAGAUUCUGGCUGACUUCCUCACCUUACGGGAGCAUUAUGGGUCUCUUAGUGGUCUAACGGUGAGCUGGAUUGGAGAUGGAAACAACGUCCUCCACUCCUACAUGAUGACUGCAGCCAAACUGGGAGUUCAUCUUAAGAUCGCAACACCAAAGGGGUAUGAGCCAGAGAGGAGUGUUACUGAAGAGGCACAAAGACUCUCCAAAGAGCACGGGACCCACCUUGUUCUGACCUCUGACCCGAUGGAAGCCGCCCACGGCAGCAAUGUUUUGGUCACUGACACCUGGAUCAGCAUGGGACAGGAGGAGGAGAAGAAAAGGAGACUCAAAGACUUUAAAGGUUACCAAGUUACAAUGCAGACAGGAAGUGUCGCCAAACCAGACUGGACCUUCCUGCAUUGUCUCCCCCGGAAACAGGAGGAGGUGGAUGACCAGGUAUUCUACUCAUCCCGCUCCCUUGUCUUCCCUGAGGCAGAGAAUAGAAAAUGGACAAUCAUGGGUCUGAUGGUUUCUCUCUUGACUGACUACUCUCCACAGAUCCCCAUGCCCAGGUUUUAAUUUCAGGUCUUAGGGUGGACUUCUACUUGUGUCGUGGGAUGUAUGACAGUGGUUGUAAUGACUGACACAUACUUCAAUGUCAGAUUUCACCCACUGGUAGCACCAUAACAACACUAAAUGGAUUACUCCAAAGUAACCGUGUUUACAGUGUUCAGGUCAGAGCAUGGGUGGCAUUGUUUGCCUUGCUGUUUACUUUCUACACUUACUGUGCUAGACAGUGAGCUCAAGAUUUGCAGAAGAAAUUUCAGUGCUAGACAUGUUACUGAAAAGGAAAAGAUUACUUAACAUUUUUUCAGCUUGUUUAAUGUUGUCUUGACUCCAUAACUACCUCCAACAGCAGAAACUUGAAGGAGAACACCACGAUCAGCCCAAGCUGAGCCAGUCACAUUGCUUGCAGUCUUCACAUGGCAUUUUACAUACCAGCAUGUAGUUAUAUUUUUGAGGAAAUGCACAUUGGUUACUGUGCCUGAGACCCUUAAUGCACAGGUAUAAAUCCAGCUUUACUGCCAAAUGCUUUUUUAAUGCCACACUCCUAAAUCUUUUCAUGUUUUAGGCUGUUUACAACAAAUCUUAUAAGAUAAACUUUAAGUUACGGUAGACCAUUUUCCCAUACUAUAAAGACCAACAUUAUUGAAUUGGUACAGUAUGAAAAUCAAUUUAUAAACUGUUGAUGUAUGGUAGUGGUGAUGUCUUAAAGCAAGUGAACACUGUGUUGUAAAAUGAAUUCCCCUUCCAUAUGGUCAAAUCUGAUUUUUAUAUCACCUUUAUGUCUGAAUGUAUACAAAUGUGCUUUUUAUGCUGUGCUCUUAUGUCGUCAUGCUCCCCCAGUGCUUUGUGUUCCCCUAGAGCCUGAUGAUGAAACAAAACUGAGAGAAUAAAAUUAUUGUUCACAAACUA